AUGUGCCCCAUAGGCCCCCUCACGCCGCGGCGGCGCCCGCAGAUCUUCAUCGUCUACUUCAUCGCGGGGCUCAAGAAGCUGGACGCCGACUGGGUGGGCGGCUACUCCAUGGGCUCCCUGUCCCGCCACUGGCUCUUCGCGCCCUUCAAGCUGGUGCUGUCGGAGGAGGCCACGAGCCUGCUGGUGGUGCACGGCGGCGGGCUGCUGCUCGACCUCUCCGCCGGCUUCCUGCUCUUCUUCGACGCCACGCGCCCGCUGGCCCUCGUCUUCGUCACCUACUUCCACUGCAUGAACUCGCAGCUCUUCAGCAUCGGCAUGUUCCCCUACACCAUGCUGGCGAGCAGCGGGCUCUUCUGCGAGCCGGGCUGGCCGCGGCGCCUGUGCGCGCGCUGUCCCGC